AAAAUAGCCCAGCAUGUCUCACAUGCGCCCAAACGGGUUAGAGCAGCGCCAAUGAGUCCAGCGGGAGGUUCGUCGUUCUCGCUGUUCUUUUCGUGCCUUCCCUUUCACCAGCCCUUCUUAUGUGUUUUGUCUAUAGUCACUCUUGAUUGCUGUUUUUGCGCCUUCAUUUCGAUCGCUUUUGCCCUCCCACUCCGACACGUUGGGUUGUUGCGAUCCCCAGUCACUCGCUUUGUUUACUCGUUCAGGGUCCCCUCAUAUCAUAUCAGCCGAUCUGCAUGUUUCACCGGCCCACUGGUCUUAAAUAGGACUUUUUACAACCCCCCGUUGCCAUUUCCUUCCGCGCAGAACCAUUCGUCAGCAUUGCAUUGAACACGAUACACCUUGCUAGGUUCAUCCAUCCACCGUCAGUCAGCGUUCGUUACUUGGGCACAUAUCGCUCGAACAUCGGGAGGACACAGAUCC